AGGAGUCAUCUCGUUCUUUCCCGGCUGCGCACGUUAAGAAUGAGUAGCCCGUGUCUGUUACGUGCGAUGCCCGUGAGCCAGACCCGGCUGAGGGAGGUCAAACUCAGCCUGAAGACCAGCAGAGAGACCAUUACGGUCCGACCUACUCCAGUCAGCCGGGAGGUCAGCAGCCGACAGUACAGCACGGUGAAAGAAGCCUCCACCAGGAGCAAUGCCCCAAGCAGCCGGAGCAGAAGCACCCCUCCGGUGUACAGAGCCCAGAGCAGGAGAGGUGCGAAACCCAACGUUACCGAGCAUCCGGAAAGAAACGGCACUUUACCAGGCGUCCCAUCGAAAGUAGGGCCAAUUACUCGCACUCCAGUCUCCUCGACGUCAUCCUCCUCUUCCUCCUGCACCCCGAAGGGCCAUCGCCCCUCACCUCCACGAUCUUCACCCUCAUGCCCCCUGUCCCCAUCCCGGGGCAUGAGACGGGCACGAUGGCUGAGCUACAGCACUUCUAACAUCUGCUUCAACAAUACCAUCCUUGAUGGGCGCUUUAGACAACUACAAGAUGAACGAGAGGCUGUCCAGAAGAAGACCUUCACAAAAUGGGUGAAUUCCAUUCUAGCCCGAGUUAGCUGUCGAAUCACAGAUCUCUAUCUGGACCUGCGGGAUGGAAGAAUGCUCAUUAAACUACUGGAGGUUCUGUCAGGCGAGAGACUGCCUAGGCCAACCAAAGGGCGAAUGCGAAUCCACUGUCUGGAGAAUGUGGACAAAGCUCUGCAGUUUUUAAAGGAACAGAGGGUUCACUUAGAGAACAUGGGAUCACAUGAUAUUGUAGAUGGGAAUCACCGCCUCAUCCUGGGCCUUAUCUGGACCAUCAUCCUUCGCUUCCAGAUUCAAGAUAUCAUAGUAGAAACAGGACGAGCUGACCAGACAGGCAGACAGGAAACACGCUCAGCCAAAGAUGCUUUGCUCCUCUGGUGUCAGAUGAAGACUGCAGGGUACCCCAAUAUAAACAUCACCAACUUCACCACAAGCUGGAAGGAUGGAAUGGCUUUCAAUGCUCUCAUACACAAACACAGGCCAGAUCUGGUGGAUUAUGGCAAUCUACAGCGGUCCAACCCCACCCACAACCUUCAGAAGGCCUUUAAUGUAGCUGAGAAAAAGCUUGGGGUCACUAAGCUCCUGGAUCCAGAGGAUGUGUUUACUGAGAACCCAGAUGAGAAGUCCAUAAUCACAUAUGUUGUGGCAUUUUACCACUAUUUCUCCAAGAUGAAAGCUUUGGCAGUUGAGGGCAAGCGAGUUGGAAAGGUGCUGGAUCAGGCUAUUGAAACAGAAAAGAUGAUUGAAAAGUACGAGACACUGUCAUCAGACCUGCUAACAUGGAUUGAGCAAACCAUCACUGUCCUGAACAAUCGCAAGCUUGCUAACUCCCUUUCAGGCGUUCAACAGCAGCUGCAGGCCUUUAACUCUUACCGUACUGUGGAAAAACCACCAAAAUUCCAGGAAAAAGGCAACUUGGAAGUGCUGUUAUUUACUAUCCAGAGUAGAAUGAGGGCCAACAACCAGAAGGUCUACACACCUAAAGAGGGUGCACUGGUGGCAGAUAUCAACAGGGCAUGGGAGCGGUUGGAGAAGGCGGAGCACGACCGUGAGCGAGUCCUAAGAGAUGAACUCAUCAGGCAGGAGAAGCUGGAGCAGAUGGCUCGUCGCUUUGACAGAAAGGCCGCCAUGAGAGAGACUUGGCUGCUGGAGAAUCAGAGGCUGGUUUCACAGGACAACUUUGGCUAUGACUUAUCAGCAGUAGAGGCAGCUAAGAAGAAACAUGAGGCCAUUGAGACUGACAUUGCUGCUUAUGAAGAACGUGUCCAGGCUCUGGUGGCCCUGUCUAAAGAACUGGAAGCAGAGCGCUAUCAUGAUGCUAAACGCAUCGAUGCGAGAAAAGACAACAUACUAAGGCUGUGGGACUACCUUCAGGAGCUCCUGAAAGAUCGCAGAGGCCGUCUAGAAAAGAACCUCACCCUUCAGAGAAUCUUCCAGGAGAUGCUCUACAUCAUUAGCUGGAUGGAUGAGAUGAAGGGCCGGCUCUUGUCCCCGGACUUUGGGAAACACUUAUUGGAAGUAGAAGACUUGUUACAGAAACAUUCGUUGGUAGAGGCUGAUAUUGCAGUGCAGGCAGAAAGAGUACGAUCAGCCAAUGCAGCGGCUCUAAAAUUUGCCAAUGGUGACAGCUAUAAACCAUGUGACCCACAAGUGAUCCGUGAUCGGGUACAGCAUUUGGACCUGUGCUACCAGGAGUUGUGUGCUCUUGCCGCCCAGAGAAAAGCCCGUCUUGAGCAGUCACGACGCCUCUGGAACUUUUUGUGGGAAAUCGCAGAGCUAGAGAGCUGGAUUCGAGAAAAGGAUCAUAUUUUUUCUUCUCUUGACUAUGGAAAGGACCUGACUAGCGUGCUGGUAUUACAGAACAAACACAGCAUCUUCGAGGAUGAGCUCGGUGCCAGACGUGACAACCUAAAGCAGGUGAUGGACGAGGGUGAGAGUAUGAUCCAGGCCAAGCACUUGGGUUCCCCUAAAGUGCAACAGCGAAUGGACGAGGUGCGGAGGGAGUGGCAGGAACUUGAAGAGCUGGCCGCUUUCCGUAAACAGAAUCUGCAAGACACCCAAUGCUUCUUCCAGUUUCAGGGUGAUGCUGAUGAUCUCAAAGCCUGGCUGGUUGAUGCUAUGCGUCAGAUGAGCAGCGAUGACGUUGGGCAUGAUGAAUACACUACGCAGCGACUGCUGAAGAAACAUCGUGAUUUGAGAGAUGAGGCUGCGAAGAAUGGAGCCACCAUUGAUGCUUUGUCCAAACAAGCCAAUGCACUUCCAGAGGAACUGAAAAGCACACCAGACAUUCAGGGGCGUUUGAUGGACAUCCGAGAUAUGUAUAUUGAGCUUUUGACCCUCUCAGAUCUAAGGCAGAAGAAGCUGGAUGAGACCAUGGCACUUUACACCAUUUUUAGUGAGACAGAUGCUUGUGAGCUUUGGAUGAGCCAGAAGGAGACUUGGCUGGUUGGACUAGAGACACCAGAGAAGUUGGAAGACCUGGAAGUUGUACAGAACAGGCUAAGCAUCCUUGCUCAAGAGAUGGGUAACAUGCAGGCUCGGGUUGAUGGUGUAAAUAAAGCAGCCAAGCAACUUGAAGACAGCAGACAUCCCCAAACAAAACAAGUAAAAGACUGUCAAGUUCGUCUCAAUAAGAGGUGGGAAGCCUUUAAGGCAAUGGUGGAAGAUAAGAAGCAUAAAGUAGAUUCAGCCGUCAGUCUCCACAACUAUGACCUUGAUUGUGAUGAGACAGAGUCGUGGAUAAAAGAGAAGACACGAGUCAUUGAGUCUACGCAAGACCUUGGAAAUGACCUGGCUGCAGUAAUAACUAUCCAAAGGAAGCUCUUUGGCAUGGAGAGAGAUCUUGCUGCCAUCCAAGAUAAGUUGGAUUUUCUGCAUGGUGAGGCCGAGAAGCUUGUCAAGGACCAUCCAGACCAUGCUUCUGAUAUCCUUGCUAGGCAAGCAGAGCUAGAUGCAGCUUGGGACACCCUAAAAUGUACCCUGAAAGACCGUGAGGACUCUCUUGGGGAGGUCAGCAAGCUGCAGACCUUCCUACAGGAUAUGGAUGAUUUUCAGGCCUGGUUGUUCAAGACACAGAAGGCUAUUGCUUCUGAAGACAUGCCCGAUAGCUUACCAGAGGCUGAGCAGUUAUUAAGUCUUCACAAUGCUGUAAGGGAUGACAUGGAUGGCCAUGAGGAAGACUACCAUCGUGUUAGGGACACAGGAGCAGCUGUCAUACAGGAUCAAGAAGAUGAUCCUCAAUACCAGCAGCUGGAGCAGAGGCUGGCGGGUCUUGAUAAGGGCUGGGAUGAGCUGCACAAGAUGUGGGACAGCCGUAAGAACUUCCUAGAUCAGGGUCUUGGGUUCCAACAGUUUAUGAGAGAUGCCAAGCAGGCUGAGACCAUCUUAAAUAACCAGGAAUACACUCUGGCCCAUGUAGACAAACCUGACACUCUAGAUGGUGCAGAGAAGGCCCUGAAAAAGCAUGAGGACUUUGUCACCACCAUGAACGCAAAUGAAGAUAAAAUACAAGGCACAAUGGAGACUGGUCAGAGGCUGGUGGACUGUGGAAACCUGUAUUCAGGAAGGGUGAAAGACAAGAUAGGAUCUAUUGAAGACAGGUACAACAAAAACAGAGAGAAAGCCAAGAAAGUCUCAGAGAAACUCAAAGACAACAUGGAACUUCAGCAUUUCCUUCAGAACACCCAGGAUCUUACACUGUGGAUAAAUGAGAAGAUGCUGACUGCACAGGACACAUCAUAUGAUGAAGCUCGUAACCUUCACAGCAAAUGGCAAAAACACCAGGCCUUCAUGGCAGAGCUAGCAUCUAACAAAGAUUGGCUUCAUAACAUUGAUAAGGAGGGACAGGAAUUGAUGGUGUCCAAGCCCGAGUUUGAGCCCAUUGUUACGAAGCGUCUCGCUAAGCUUCAUGAGUUGUGGGAUAAGCUGGAGAGCACCACACAGGAGAAGGCUCGGCUGCUGUUUGACGCAAACCGCUCUGAGCUGUUUGACCAGAGCCUGACUGACAUAAAGAAGUGGUUAGCUGAACUGCAACUGCAGCUCCAGGGUGAUGUAGACGAAGAAGUGAAAGAUCUUACCAGUGCCAACAUUCAACUGAAGAAAUAUCAGAUGACAGAAAAUCAAGUUCAGGAUCGUGCACGUGAACUAGAGGAGCUUCAGGAAGCCGUACAGCAGCAUGCCUCUCUUAGAGAGGACCAGCCUGAGCUGGAAAUCGAGCAGCAAACUCUUCAGAGGGACUUCCAAAAGCUUCUCACACCUCUCGCCCAGCGCAGAAGCAAAUUGGAGGCCGCUAAGGCAGUGCACCAGUUCUUCAGAGAUCUUGCAGAUGAGACGCUCUGGGUUAACGAGAGGUUACCAAUGGCAAUGUCUGAGGAUCAUGGAAAUAAUCUCCAGACUGUUCAACUUCUUCUCAAAAAGAACCAAUCACUACAAAAAGAGAUUGAUGGCCACCAGCCACGUAUUGAUGAAGUGUUAGAGCGUGGACGGCGAAUGGUGGCAGAGGGCAGUCUAGAGGCAGAGCGCAUGUCAGAGGAGAUGAGGAAGCUUCAAGAAGACUGGGCAGAGUUGCAGGAUGAAAUGGCCAAACGGAGAGCACGGCUCUACAGCUCCAAUGAGGCCCAGCAGUACUACAAUGAUGCAGAUGAAGCUGAGGCCUGGAUCGGCGAACAAGAACUUUACAUGAUUGCUGAUGAGAAAGCCAAAGAUGAGCAGAGUGCUAUGAUCAUGCUGAAGCGACACCUGGUUCUGAAGCAGACUGUAGAUGACUAUGCACAUUCCAUCCAUCAGUUGGCAGACCGUGCACAAAAGAUGCUGGCCGAAGAGCACCCAGAUGGUGAGGCCAUCAUUCGGAGACAAGGCCAGGUUGAUAAACAGUAUGCUGGGCUGAAGGAGCUAUCAGAAGACCGCAAAAAGAAGCUGGAUCACACAUACCACCAUUUCCUGCUGAGCCGUGAAGUGGAGGAUCUUGAGCAGUGGAUUGCAGAACGUGACGUGGUGGCCUCUUCACAAGAGAUGGGUCAAGACCUUGACCAUGUGAUGAUCCUGCGAGAUAAGUUCAGGGAAUUCGCACGGGAGACCGGGACAGUGGGUCAAGAGCGUGUAGAUGCUGUGAAUCGGACCAUAGAUGUGCUGAUCGAAGCAGGCCACAGUGAAGCUGCAACCAUGGCGGAAUGGAAAGAUGGGAUUAAUGAGAGCUGGGCAGAUCUUCUGGAGCUUGUCGACACCCGCGCCCAGCUCCUCACGGCCUCCUAUGACCUGCUGAAGUACUUUUAUGAUGGAAAGGAGCUGGUUGCUCACAUCCUGGAAAAGAAGAAUGAGCUUCCUGAUGAUCUGGGUGAGGACUUCAGCAAAGCGGAGUCCUUCCAUCGCAUGCAUGCUGCAUUUGAGAGGGAUAUCAGCUCCUUGGGAAAACAGGUUAAACAGUUCCAGGCCACUGCAGCUCGGCUACAUGCCCAAUACGCAGGAGAUCAGGCCACUGCCAUUCAGGAAACUGAGAAAGAGGUUGUGGAUGCCUGGAAGGGACUUUUGGAUGCUUGUGAGGGCAGGAGAAAACGGCUGGAAGAAACAGCGAACAAGUUCCGCUUUUUCACCAUUGUGAGAGACCUGCUGGCCUGGAUGGAAAGCAUCAUUCAGCAGAUAGAGACACAAGAAAAGCCAAGAGAUGUAUCCUCAGUGGAGCUUCUGAUGAAAUAUCACCAAGGGAUCCGUGCUGAGAUAGAGACCCGUGGGCCAAAGUUUAAUCAAUGUAUCGAGCUGGGCCAGGCCCUCUUGGAACGCAAGCACAAAGACUCUGCAGAGAUCAAGGAGAAACUGAUGCAACUGAUAGAGAAGAGAAAAGAAAUGAUGCUCAAGUGGGAUGACAGACGGGAUUGGCUUAGACUUUUGUUGGAGGUAUGUCAGUUUGCUCGGGAUGCGUCUGUGGCAGAGGCCUGGCUCGUAGCCCAGGAGCCAUACGUGGCCAGUAAGGAUCUGGGCGAGACAGUGGAUGAGGUUGAAAAACUGCUCAAAAGGCAUGAGGCCUUUGAGAAAUCUACAGCUACAUGGGAGGAGCGAUUCUCAGCACUGGAACGGCUUACUACAUUGGAGCUGUUGGAAAUUCGAAAGCAACAGCAAGACAUGCAACAAUACAUACAAGAGGAGGAGAAAGACAGCAGAAAAGAAGACACAGGUUUUGCAGAGGAGUCCUCACAACUCUACACAACAGAAGAUCAGUCUAUGUCUGGAAUUCAAGUAAUAGAGCCUAGUUCCGGUGGACUUGCUGGUACAGCAGGAGAAUCUACCGUGCAACUGGUCUCAGAGAUACAAAGUGGCUCUUUAGAGCUGGACCCCUCCACAUCUAUUCAGGUCACCAAAGAAUCAGAAAAGGCUUCAACUCUUCCCACCGAAUCUUCCCAAGCUCAGCCAGUCCUGCUGGAGGGAACUCUAGCCCGCAAACAUGAGAUGGAGGGACUUAAUAAAAAAGCAUCCAACAGGUCUUGGAACAACCUUUACUGUGUGCUCAGACAUGGACAUAUCUUUGCCUACAAGGAUGCCAAAAGCUUUAGCCAUAGUGUCACCUUCCAUGGAGAGGAACCCUUGAGCCUUACCCAUGCUUCAUGUGAGGUGUUGACCAACUAUAAGAAAAAGAAGCAGGUUUUCAAACUGCGACUUGGAGAUGGAAGUGAAUAUUUGUUCCAGUGUAAAGAUGAGGAGGAGCUUCAGAAUUGGACUAAAGCUAUAGAGCAGGCAGCACAACCCAUGACAGAGGAACCAGUCGCAGGGCCAUCGGGAGUGAAGACACAAAGCCUACCCCCACCUUCCUCUGCCACUACUCUUGAAGUCCCAUCCACCAAGAAAGACAAGGAGAAGAGGUUUAGUCUAUUCACUAAGAAGAAAUAAAAAGGGCCCAAACAAUCCACGGAAACAAAACAGGGCGAAACCCUAGACAGAAUGUGACACAGGUGACACUGUCGCAAAUGGAACAGAUUUAUAACACCAUUGUUUUUACAUUAUAUUACUUCGUAAGGUUUUAGCUUGAAAUGUAGAUUACACUGCUGCCUGUAUCUAAGCUAAUGAAGUGUUGCUAAACACAUGUAUUGCUUUUUAUAUUUUGUUGUAUUUUCCUAAACUAUAGCCACCGAAAUUACUCAAUAUACAAAUAAAAGCACAGGAACUUGUUCCAAUUCAACCAAAAAGUAUUUGUAAGAAAAAAGGAUUUCUUUUUGCCUUGAUUUUUUAUGUGCUGAGCUUGUUCUAGGCAUGCUUUAAUGUGUAUUAUAACUCAAGUAUACCUACUUUUGUUAAUAUGCUUUGUUCUUUUAAAAAAUGGUUGCAAAUGUAAUACUGUGCUCUUUGCAUUGGAACUUCCAUAGAGUUUGAUAACUGGAGGUGUUGUGAUGAGAGAGUUUGACACUGUACACUAUGGCUUUAACAUACAAUAUAUGCAGAAUGCACAGUGUUGAGUGGUUUUAGAUUGUUUAAUGUGUUGCAAAAGCUAUUUUCCAUUAUGGUACUGAAAUAGGAAUACUAAUAUUAUAAUGACAAUAUAUUAUAAAUAUUAAUCAUAAUAUUAUAGUAAUAUAUUAAUGUUAGAAUUAUGAAGUACUGUGAUGGUAGUCAAAGAUGAGAUACAGAGACAUUUUUAAACCUCAUCUAAGUUGAAUAUGAUUUUUUUUCAAUGCAUGAGGUAUGGUGCUAUAUGAUUACAGUACUUAAGAGUUUUACCCUCUCAGAACUCAGGUUUCCCAGUAUACAGUAGGUAUUUUAAUAUUUUAUAUAUAUAAUCAUAUCAUGUAUGCAAUUAGAACAUUACAAUGCAUUAGAACAACUACAAUAACUUAACCUAAUGUGCGCUAAAUCGUACUUCUCACAAUUGUCAUAAAAAUAUUUAUUCCUUACCAUGUACAAUUUUGAAAUAGAUAUGGUUAAAGAGUAUAGGAGCAGUAUAGGUUGGUCAGUUCUGUCUAAAUCAAAUCCUAUGGCCAACAAAACUUUCAGGUAACAGAAAUGGCAUGAUAUGCAAGUGAUGACAGAAAGUAAUGGCAGAGGGAUGGCAAUUUUUAUUAACAAAAAUAGUUCACCCAAAAAUAAUUGUUUACAUCAUUUAUUCACCCUUAUGAUAUUUCACACUUGCAUGACUUUCUUCUUAAGAACACAAAAGUAAAACCAAAAUAGCAUUAAAAAAAUACUCUAUUGACUUCCAUUGUAUGGACACAGAACAAAUAAUACAUAUUCCAAAAUAUCUUUAUUUGUGUUCCCCAGAACAAAGUCACAGGUUUGAAAUGACAUAAAGAUAAGUAAAUGAUGCAUUCAUUCUUAUUUCUGUGUGAACAAUACCUUUAAUUCACGUACCAGAAGAAACUAGGUGGUAUAAUAAGCAGACCACAUAAACAUUCAGACUUCUGUUUUAUUUAUAAACACGUGAAGUGCCCUGUUUCUCCUCAAUAAUAGCCAAUAUUGAAGUACAUAUCUGUAAUCAGUUUUUAUCAGAUUUUUUUGCUACAAGUACUAAAACUAAAGUAAAUGUAGUAGGUACGCUUCAUCUCUUUGUUGGGUGUUUGUGUAGGACUAGGAAAAAGGAACAUCAUUGUGUUAUAAAGGUCAACACGGUGCUUUAUGUUCAUUUUGGCUUUUUGCCCACUGCACGGAAAACUUGGACCUCCAGAUCUUUGUUUUAAACACACUGCAGUCUAAGUUACAGUGAACUCCCUUUUAACUUUUGUUCCUCCGUUCUUUUCAUUUUUGUUUUUUAUCUCUAUGUUCAAUGCAAAAUCACAAAUAAUAAGCUGAAGUAUGAAUCAUUUUAAGAAUAUAUAAAUAAUACAUCAUAGCAUAUCAUAUCAUGAUAUAUCACAUUGAGAAGAUUAAUAAAC